AUGAUAGGAAUAGUCAAGGAACAAAUAAAAAGUUCAGACUCCAAUGAAUCCUUGCAUGCUUGCAAUUUAUUAAUUAAAUACAUCAAAAAACCUCAGACUUUACAUUAUGCUUUACAGGGAGAUGAUAUUUUAGUUACAUAACUUUGAGCCUUCACGCCAGGUCUACUCCAAAAUGACUAUUUUUAUCGUUAUCAUUUGAAGUCUAUAUCAAAAAGACUGCUUUUUUUUGCCCUUUAUUUUUGAAUAUUGCUUUUGUUGCCUAUUUUUACUGGGAUAUUCCUGUUGUUCGCUCUAUAUGCAUACCUUGCGAAAAAGCAAUUCUGUCAUAGCGAAUUGAUUGUUUGAAUGUCAUCUGACCUUCCAUUCAUAUUAUCGACGUCAUUAAGUCAAAUUUAAAAGUUUUCAUUUUAGCAUUCAAGUGUGAAGGAAUGGCUUCUUAAAAAUAAAUAAAUAAAUACGUAAAUAGGCUAAUUAAAAGUGAAAAUAAAAUUCAAAAAUUGCAAAAAAAAAAUACCAUAAAAGGAAAAACACCAGCUUAGAAAAACGUACCAAAAUCAUAAACCAAAAACAGUCAAAAAAUAGACCUAUAAAAAAGAGGCCAUAAAAACAUAGGCCAAAAAAAAUGCCAAAAAAAAGGCAAAAUAUGCAAAAAAUAGGUUAAAGCAAAUAAGCCAAUAUAAUAGGCCAUAGUCGUUAUGGUGUAUGCGUCGUGUGAAGGAAUCAUAUAGCCAGCUUUUAGCUAGAGAUUUGAGAGGAAAGCAUGCAAUUAAUAAAAAAUAAAAAAAAAUUAGGAAAUGUACUGAAGAUAAUUAAGAAUAGGGUAAUUUUGAGAAAAAAUUGAUCCAGAGAGUGGGCAAAAACUAUUAUAAUCAGUUGUGUAAUUUCUGACCGGCUCCCACGAGCCAAAGAUGGAUUUCACGCGUGAAAAUCCAGAAAUUCUACGCGGAAACCCAUUUUUGGCUCAUGGGAGUCGAUCAGAAAUAAAGCAAAAAGAUCAUAGAUAAUUAUAAUAAUCUUAUGCUUUACAACUUUAUAUUGAAUUAUUCAAUGAUGACUUUGCUCAUAAGAACCAAUUUUUAGAAAAGACAGAAAGCAUAAUAUAUUCUCUAAUGGAGUCUUCAUCAAGUCUAAAAAUAUUACUUUCAGUAUAUAGAAACCCAAAAAUCAAAAGAGGGAAUAAAUCAUCAAUCUCAAUAAAGCCCUGAUUUUUGGAUUUAGAUGUGACAUCCUACAAGUAUUUUAUGGAAAAAGCUACAGAGAGCUUCAAAUGGAAUUAUAUAGAAUUAAGGGCAAGUGAAUUUUCUCAUAGUGAAGCAAUCCCAUGUGAUUUGUAUAUCCAAGUUAGGGAAUUCCUCAAAUCAAAGCCUCAAAAGCUUUGCUUUAUCAUGGGAAGUUCUGGCUCAGGAAAAUCAUUAUUUUGCAAAUUUUUGUGUUUGAGAUUAUUAAAUAAUCCAGAUACUGAAUAUUUCCCAAUUUUUAUUAGCUAUUAUUGAGCAAUUCUUGAACAUGAGAAUUUAAUUGAAGACAUUCUAGCAGAAUACUCAAUAAAUAUUGAUUUUGAGCAUCUAUGAAAUAAAAAGAUACUUUUCAUUCUAGAUGGAUUUGAUUAUUUUUCAUUAAAUUCUGAUUUAAUAAAAUUUUAUAGCAUCAUUGAAAAAUUACCAAAUAGCAAAAUCGUUAUUACAUGAAGACAUUUAUCCUAUCUUAUAUUAUCUUAUAGUUUAAUGGCUCUAUUUCAUGUCGCCUUUGUCUGGUUAUUGCAGACUAAGUCACUUUCGAGCCAUCUGAUUACUAAACCCUACCAAAGCUUGAUCACCUCGUAAGUAUACCACUGCUUUCAGUACCUUAGAUAGUUGUUAUGAUCCUUAAAACCAACUUGAACCUGUCUGUCACUCUAAGGACUAGCCUUCACCACAUGGGAUUGGAGGUACAUUCAAAAUUUUCUUUCUCUAAGGACUUGAAAUCCUACUAAGUUCCGUCUCAUUGUUGGAUAAUUGCUGAGUGAAGCCAAAACCUUAUAAUAAAUUUAUCUAUUAGCGAGGAAAGAAAAGCCGGCUGAUUCCAUAUUUUGAUUAUAUAAGGAUAUUUAUCAGAAAACUCCCAUAGAAUGGUUUUUAAUAGCUUUCGUGAUGAAAUCUAUGAGCUUUAUAUCAAACCUUUAAAUAACCAACAAAUCAUAAAAUAUAUAAAAAAUUACUUGAAAAAAGAAAAAGGCUAUUGAAUAAAUUACGAAGCUGCCUUAUACGAAAUUCAUACAGUCCAUAAGCUUCACAAAAACCUUAGAAAUCCUUUCUUAUUAAAUGCUUUAAUGUCCAAACCGAACAUCAUCAGCAUUUUAAAAAACCAUAAAAAUCUCCUUGCCAAAAAAUCAGAAAUUUUUGAAGCUGUUAUUGAAAAUCUUAUUUUUUCAUCUGAUAAUUUUGACCACCAAAGCUAUGAUAUCAUUAGAGACAUCUAUAUGAAAACUCUAAUGAAAUUUUCCCUAGACACUACCAAUGGAAAACCACUUGAAAUAAAAAACUCUGAAUGGACUCCAAUAUUAUCAGUGAUUACAAAAUCCCAUGGUUGCCCUUUGAAUUUAAUAAAAAAGACUGAGAAAUCAAGAUUUUAUUCGUUUACGCAGACAUCAUUUAUAGAUUAUUUUAUAUCUCAUCAAAUCGUUGAUGAUAUUGAAUUUUGGAAUGAUAUUGAAGUUGCUCAAGGCAGCUAUUUCAACCAAGUGAAUUUCAUUGAUAAGGUUGAAAUCAUCCAGUUUAUUGGAGAUAUAAUCAACGAAAGCAAGUUAAAAAUAUUCGAAAUAAUUGCGAAUGGCUGGAAAGAUAAAGAAAAGUUACAAAAAGCGUUUAAAAAUAGUCAAGAAAUCCUUAUGAGGAUUAAGCAACGAUUUUGUAAGUAUGAGCAUCUUAAUACGUUAUUAUAUAGAAAAAUGCAGCAGGAGAAUGAAAAAUCUCAAUUUGAUCUAUGGAAGUCAGGAAUUCAGUUUAAAAAAAUAAAAUUUGUAAAAACUUUAAACAAACCAAUUAAAAAAAUACCUGCGUACAAUAGCCAAAAAUAUUUAACCCUUGACAUGCUAAUAUCUCCUGAUAAACAACUAUUUUGCCUACUCAGGGCCGAUGGUAAAAUAAUAAUAAUUUCCUUGAAGACAUUUAAAAAUAUUUGGACUAUUAAAGUCUCUGAUUCAUUUGCAUGUUUGAUUUCUCCUUGUAGUAGUUAUAUUUGCAUAGGAAAUAUUGAUGAAAAUUUAAAAUUAUGAAGCAUAGAUAGAAAAGAACUAUUUUUCGAGAUCAAAAACUCUUCAUCAAGUGAAGGAACUAUGUUUACAUUUUCAUGCUGUGGAAAAAUUUUGGCUUAUUGCAAUACUAUUGGAUUAAUAAUUUUAAGAAAUUUAGAAUCAUGCGAAGAAUUUUGUUUGAUUGUGGGGGAACAAAUUAUCACAUCAUUUUCGUUUGCAGAAACUGGAAAUUUGUUUUUCGUUGGAAAUUCCGAAGGUUUUUUGAGAGUUUAUGAGCUUGAAAAUAAAACCCUUGUUUAUACGCUAGUAGGGCAAGAUUCAGCAAUUGAUAAUAUAUUUUUAUAUCCCAGUAAUGAUCUUGCUGUAACAGUGAGUAAAGUCGAUUCUGUUGUAAAAAUAUGAAACCUCAAUAAAAGAGUCCUUUGUAAAACAGUUAUUUCUAAAACGUCUCCUGGUCUACUUAUAUGGGAAUUCACAAAGGAUGGGCGUUAUUUUAUUACUUUGGACGAAAACAGAUCGAUAGGUGUUGCUGAUUUACUAGCAGAAGAUAGUCAAAAUCGCGCAUAUAUAUUAAACAGUCAGGUGACAUCUAUUAAAAUAUGUCCUGAUGAAAAUGGCUUUAUAGCUUGCAACAUUGAUGGCUCAUUUUUAUUUUAUGACUUUACAAAAUAUUUUAGCUAUCGAGACAAUCAAAAUGAAGAAGAAGACGAAAGUGAAAGCGAAACUGAACAAGAAAAAUUGGCUAUUUCUGCUGUAAAUUUCUCAAAAUCAGAAAAUUUAUUAGCAUCAGGAAGUCAUGGAGGACAAAUCAGGAUUUGAAAAAUAGACAAAAUGGAAAAAAUUAUUGAAUUUACUGCUCAUAAAAAGAAAAUAAAAGCGCUGUGCUUUUCAGAAGAUAAUAGAUUUCUUGCUUCAUGCUCAAGAAAAGAAAAAAACGUAAAAUUGUGAAGCUUGGAAUCUUAUGAACUGAUAUCUGAGGUAAACGAUCUGAAUAAGUGCACUAUUUAUUAUAUUCCACAUAAAGGAUUUUGAAUUUUAGAUAUUAAUAAUGGCGUGCGGGUAAUUGAUUUAGGGUUUUAUACUAGUGUUGUUGACCUUAAAGAAGCCAUUAAUGAGUUUGAAGUGGUAGAAUCAGCUUUAGUUUCGCCAUUAGGGAAUCUUUUAGCUGUAAAACAUGGUAGUACUGUAGAUAUUUGAAUAAUAAGUGGUGGAGAUGCGUGAAAAUUGACUGAGCUGACACAUAAAAAUAAUAGCAUUGCAACAAUGAACUUUUCUUUUUGUGAAAAAUUUAUAGCGACUUGAACUUAUAUGGAAAAAAUUACGAUUUGGGAUAUAGAAACCAGCGAAAAAAUAAUGUGUUUUAAGCUUUCAGGCUCAAAGAGUAGAAAAAUAAUUUUUUCACCUUGCAGCCAAUUUAUAGCACUUUUUAGUAGAUCAAUCAGCAUAUUAAGCUUAGAAACUAAAGCGGCUUUGAAAAUUUCUCUAGUAGGCAUCUCUCUGGAAUUAUUUGGGAUACAUUUUCUAAUCAGACAUUUGAUCGGAAAAUAACUAUUUGCCAAACAAAUAAUUGACGAAUGAGGAUUUGCUUUCUAAGAAAUAAAAUUAUAAUCUAAGAUCUGCAAACGCGAAAGCGACUAUAUAUGAAAUUGCAGAUGCUUCUAAAGAUACAAAGCUUCAUCGCUUUUCUCCUUCUGGGGAUUAUCUGGUCACAACUAAUGAAGACACUUUAAAAAUAUGGAGAUUUAAAGACGCUACCAAAAUUACAACACACAUAUACUAAAUCAAUUAUUGGUUUCUCGUUUAAUAUCUGCUACCAAAUUACCUGUAUUGGCUUUCGUCCCUGAUUUAGGGUUUGGCCUAUCCACCGCUGCGAUUUAGCCAAGGCAAUCCAUGCUCUAGUACAAAGAGCCGUCGAAAUUUAAGCACCGAAGACGAGGACCGUUCAGAGGUGAAGCUGAGGGCACAAUAAUUCCAAAAAAUGUGAAUUUAUGGAUGACUAUUGGCAAAAGGGAAUAUUGAAAACUUGUAUCCUAGGGAGUAACUGCCCGCCUCAUGCUGGAGAGUUAUCGAAUCCAUAAAGCGUUGUUUGGCUUCUUCUUUCAAACUGCAAGCCUCCCACAAAAUAAAUUCAAAACCUGAAAAUGGGCUUGGACUAGGCUUUGUAUGCAGCCGGAAAUGCUUAUCUGGAAUUGCAUAUACAUAAAUACGGAAUGGCGAACAACUUUCCCUCUUAGCACCAGUAGCCAGACGGGGAUUCUGGAAGCCUUGUCAGGCUCAUAUUCAGGGCAAUGCUUUAUCCUGAGGAGGAUGAAACUUGGAAGUGAUAAAGGGGAUCGCCUAUCAAAACUAGAGGGGUUCACUUGGCCAAUCGGUCAACCGGAUAUUUUCCUAGCGCGAUAUCGGGGAGUUUCAUCUGGGCAGAAAAUCUGACCAGAAAAUUCACACUUUGAGUUUUCAGAAAAGGCAACCUCUUCGGCAUAUUGCACGAUGACCCAGCAUCUUUACCUCCGGGUAGCAAGUGCAAGCACUUGUCCGGAAGGAGCAACAUAGUCCUUAGACUGUGUAAUCAGACUGGCAAGUAGGGGGGUGAUGCGAAUCAAGGGACGUGAAGCGCUAUUAGUGGCUGGCGGCAGCUUCUCUAUAAUAAUUUAAUGAAUUGAUGCUUACCUGAUAUUGCUGUCAAUUUCUGGUUGCAAAACCUUGCCAAUAUAAUUAAAUAUCAUUCAAAGCUGCAUUACCUCUUGAGUCGAGACGCCAUAUUUGAUUAUCACUAAAUUACAACAAUUUGCAAACCUUCUAAAAAGAGGCAUAUAAAAUUUUUCAUAUUUUCAAAGGUAGGGGAUAUUAUUAUUUCUCUAUGAUCAGAUGACGUUAUUAGGAUGUUUAGCUUUCCUGGAGGAGAGCUGCUCCAUGAGCUUAAAAAUGAUGAAGAAAUUAAAUUUUUUUGUAUUUCAUCUAAUGAGCUAACUUUAAUAUCAGUUCCUGAUUAUGCUUCUGAGAUUAAUAUUUGGUCACUAGAAACUUAUGACUCUAUUUUUAAAAGUAAAGCCCGUUGAACAAAUUGACGCUAUUGAUUUUUCGCCUUGUGGCAGAUAUUUUGCUUGUGGAAGUAG